GGCGAGACGCGGGGCUCUCCGCGCUCGAAUGAGGUCCAGCCUGAUGGCAGCAGUCCUGCCCCAUCUUGGAGACCCGGACUUGGAGGCUGUAUUCCUGACAGCUGGGUGGAAGGAGCUGGUGUCCUUUGAGGAUGUGGCAAUGUAUUUCACCAGAGAAGAGUGGAACAAACUUGACUGGGCUCAGAAGGACCUCUACAGAGAUGUGAUGCUGGAGAAUUACAGAAACAUGAUCUUGUUGGGUAAUGACUCGGCUUGAAGAUUUGACUCUGAGUGUCUACACAAGUCCUCAGUCCCUUACUUGCCAUUCCAAAAUCAGAGAAACUCCAAAAACUAGUUUUUAACGUAACUCAUUUGGCUGCAAGACCCAACCUGUAAAGUCAUCAAGUGGUCAAACCUGAUCUCUUCCUCCAGGAAGCUAUGUCUCAUCCUUAUUUUUCCCACUUGGUCUUUGUAUCUGUUAAGCAUCAGAAAUAUCACUGUGUUUGAUUAAGGGUACAGCUCCAACCCCUGUUGGGGGCGGUACAUGAUAAAAAAUAGACACACUCAUCAUCUUUCUAAAAUGUGGAAAAAAUUUUGAAUCCUGAAACAUGCCUGGCCUCAGAGCUUUCAAAUAAGGGAUUGUGGGCAAUGAAUAGUUUCCUUUGGUUUAGAUGUCAGAGAUGCUUAAUCCACUUAAUGCUCUGCCUCCUCCACAUCUAUAAGACCUGUACAAUGGGGCACCUGGGUGGCUCAGUGGGUUGAGCCUCUGCCUUCGUCUCAGGUCAUGAUCUUGGGGUCCUGGGAUCGAGCCCCACAUCGGGCUCUCUGCUCGGCGGGGAGCCUGCUUCUCCCUAUCUCUCUCUGCCUGCCUCUCUGCCUACUUGUGAUCUCUCUCUGUCAAAUAAAUAAAUGGGAUAUUAAAAAAAAAAAAGACCUGUAGGAGCUGAAAAGAUUAUGGCUGAUUGGAUUCUAAAAGUUAGCUUCUUUUCUCUUGAAACGUCUUUUUCAGUCUUCUCUCUGGAAAUGGGUUCCUUCCUUAUUGCAGAAAUAUCAGGGGUCCAAGAAAUGACUCUUAACUGACUUCAUAUCUGAAACUUCACUGCUUUUUCCCUUGGGGAGCCUGCCUUUGUCUUAUUCCAGUGCAGUCUCCUCUGGGGGCGGGGGGGGGGGCAGCAUUUCUUCAACAAAUAGCUUUCUUUCUGGAGCCACAGAUUUGACCUCCACACUAACAGUCUUGCCACAGUCUUGACCACCUCUUGUGGGAUUGUCCACCCACCUCUGGAGUUUUUGAUGUCUGUUUUCCUUCUAAAGGCAUUAUAAGAGCAGACUUGAAUACACAGAAGGUACAGGAAAUUAUGAUGGGAGAACAUUCAGAGAUAACGCUGUUCAUAUUUUGGAAUAUUUCCUUCCAGUUUUUCUCCCCCUAUGCUCUUAAAAAAUGUAGCCGAACAUAUUCUUCAUAUAAUGCUGUAAUUCCAUUAAAUCUUAACAUUAUAGCAUCAGCAUUUCAUGAUGCUAUUAAAAGCCCCCAUAAAUACAGUAAAUGACCGUAAUGUAAUUCUAUUGUAUGAUCUGUAAUAUUUAAUCAUUUUCCCAUGUGGGGGUAUUUAGUUUGGGGUUUUUUUUUUUUUAUUGUUGUUGGCUUGCUUAUAAAGUCAUCAUUUUCUGUAUUAUAAUUUUCGAAUGGAUGUUUCCGACCAUAAAUCCUCAUAUAAAUUUCUGACUAUUCCCCAGGAUACAGAAUUUUGGUGUUAAAGGGUAUGGGCACUUUCAAGUCUCUCUGUAUUACCCAAUGAUUUUUCAAUAACAGAUUAGGAAAUAAAAAUCCUUUGCAGGCCCACUGCCCAGAAAUUAUCCCCAUUAACAUUUUGGUUGGACUUUUUCCUUGUAUUUUCAUAUAGAUGUAUACUUAUGUACAUAGACAUACACAUGCAUAGUUUUUAAAAAAAUUGGAUUGUACUUCACAUGAGUUUUGCAUUCUGCUUUAAAACCUAUAGGGAACAUUUUCCUAUUUUAAUAUUCUUGAACACAUGGAUUUUUAGUAUCUGCCUAAUACUUUUGCCUUCAUUGCAUUUACAUGCCCUGUUGAUGUUUACUUUAUUUCCAGCUUUGCGCUGGUACAACUCUGCUGAACAGCUCUGGUCCAUUCAUCUUGGUCCUAAUUGUUCUGUAGGCUGUAUCCCUAAGAGUGAAAUGACCACAUCUAAGAGUGUGAUGGUUGUUGAGGCUUUCCUUAAAGAUUGUCAGAUUGUCAGAAAGAAAGACUGGACAGAAUUCUAUUCCCACCAGCCCUUUUGAUUAUUAUCCUUAUCUGUUUGCCACUGUAGACCCAAGGGCGUUAAGCUGAGCACCAGGACAUCUCUCCCUGACUCACUAACCACAUUCCAUUUACUUCUCCA